AUGUCGGAACUUAACGUCAAUGCUGCCAACGUCCGCGUGCUGGGCAACGUCUCGGACCCGUUUCGCCGCGUAUUGACGCCAGACGCGCUACGUUUCCUCGCCUUCCUUCACGAGCAUUUCGAGCCACGUCGUCAAGCGUUGCUAGCAGCUCGUGUUCAGCGCCAAAAGGAACUAGACGCUGGCGCGCUGCCGGACUUCCUACCAGAGACCAGGUACAUCCGUGAGGGCGACUGGAAAGUGGCGUCUAUUCCCACUGACAUGGCCGACCGCCGCGUUGAGAUUACAGGCCCCGUGGACCGCAAGAUGGUAAUCAACGCCCUUAACUCGGGCUCGAAGUGCUACAUGGCUGACUUUGAGGACUCGACGGCUCCCACGUGGUUUAACCUGGUAGAUGGCCAAGUGAACCUCGUUGACGCUGUGCACAAGACGAUCUCGUAUACGCAUCCACAGACGGGAAAAAAGUACGUGCUGAACGACAAAGUGGCUACUCUAUUAGUGCGUCCACGUGGUUGGCACUUGGACGAGGCACACGUGCUUGUGAACAACCAGAUCAUGUCUGGCUCACUCUUUGAUUUUGGUCUUUAUUUCUUUCACAACGCUCACGAGUUACUGGCACGCGGCUCCGGCCCGUACUUCUACCUGCCUAAACUAGAGCACCACUUGGAAGCAAAGCUAUGGAACGACGUCUUUACGGCUGCACAGGGAUACCUGAGCAUCCCACAGGGCUCAAUCCGAGCGACAGUACUUGUGGAAACUAUCAUGGCUGUCUUCCAGAUGGAUGAGAUUCUGUACGAGCUGCGUAAUCACUCGUCGGGUCUUAAUUGCGGUCGCUGGGACUACAUCUUCUCGUAUAUUAAAAAGUUCCGUAACCAUCCCAAGUUUGUGGUGCCCGAUCGUUCCUCGGUUAGUAUGACUACACCCUUCAUGGCUGCCUACGUCAAGCUGCUUGUCCGCACAUGCCACCGUCGUGGUGCCCACGCUAUGGGCGGCAUGGCGGCCCAGAUCCCUGUCAAGAACGACCCGGAGCUGAAUAACAAGUUCAUGUCUGCCGUCAAAGAGGACAAGUCACGCGAGGUGGCUGCGGGCCACGAUGGUACGUGGGUGGCACACCCCGGCCUUGUCAAGAUCGCCAUGGACGCAUUUAGCAACAUGUCGGACCCCAACCAGAUCUCGUUCAUUCCCGAAGCCGGUAAGGAUAUUACCGCUACUCAACUCAUUGAACCCCCGACGGGUGCUAUCACUUUCAACGGUCUAGUGGAGAACAUCGAUGUUUCGCUGGUGUACACGGAGGCGUGGCUGCGCGGCAGUGGCUGCAUUCCGCUCCACAAUAAGAUGGAGGAUGCUGCUACGGCUGAGAUCUCGCGCGCCCAAGUGUGGCAGUGGAUCCGGCAUAGCUGCAAGACUGUCGAAGGAAAGACGGUAUCGAAGGCGUUAGUGCUGGAUAUCUUGAAAGAGUGCGUGAGCAAGCGUUCUAUGAACGCUUCUCCAGGUAACAAGUGGACAUUAGGUGGUGAGAUUAUGGGUAAGGUCCUGACAGGAGACGAUAUGGUGGAUUUCCUCACGCUGCCGUGCUACCCGCACAUUGUGCAGCUUAGCUCGAGUAUCUGA